AUGUUUUGGGGUGACCUUGCUGUUCGUAGGAGGCCAGGUUUCUUUUUCUUUACAUCACCCGUUUCCCUGAAGUUGUUUACCCAUGAAACAAUCGACUGCCGGCCAGGAACACGACCACGGGGGGCAAUAUUGAAAUGUCUACGGAAUGCACGUUGCGUUGCGACGAUUGAGCGACCGCUUGAGAAAAAAAAAUGCCUCAACAGCGAAAGCGCAAUCUAUCUAUCUAUCUAUCUAUCUAUCUAUCUAUCUAUCUAUCUAUCUAUCUAUUUAUCUAGCAGAGUGUGUUCAGUAUCUAUCUAUCUAUCUAUCUAUGUCAGUCUGUUCUAUCUAUCUAUCUUAGCCUCCUGUACACAUCUAUCUAUCAAUGUCAGUCUGUCCUAUUUAUCUAUCUAUCUAUCUAUCUAUCUAUCUAUACAUACACGUUUCCUUUCUUUCUUUCCGUCAUUAGUUCUGUAUCAAAACUAUUCUUCUUGUUUUUUCUUUCUUUCUUUGAUUUUUUUCCCUAAUUCCUUUUUUUUUUUUAAUUCAUUACUUCUUACUCUACAUCUUUCUUUUUUCUUUCUUCUUUCUCCAAUCUGUCUUUCUUCUAUCUUACAUUUUAUCAUUUUUCUUCUUUUCGUAUAUUCUCCAUGUCCUUCCUUCCUUUUUUUCAUCGUUUCUUUCUAUUUGGCUGUUAGUUUGCUCCUUUCUUUCUUUCUUUCUUUCUUUCUUUCUUUCUUUCUUUCUUUCUUUCUUUCUUUCUCUGUUUACACUAUAAGUUAUUCCAAAAUUCGCUUGAAAAUGAAACACAACUAA